AUGCGAUCCCUAUUCCAUGCUAUUGUGAUCAUAUAUUGCACCAUUUCCGUGGCUGAUGCUUGGCGUAAUGUACACCACCAGAGUACCAACAACCAGCUUCAGUUUGGUUUGCAACCGUCGUCAGUGUUGUUGUCCAUUCGAGGUGGGGAUAUCAUUCAGGCCGCCACGUUGGAACAAAUUGAUACCAUUCUCGAGGAAAACACGAAAAAGUUGGUAGUGAUUGAUUUCACUUCCAAGGACUGUCCACCUUGCAAAAAGGUAGCUCCACUCUAUGAAGAAUUAAGUGAGAGUGAAGAAUUCUCAGACAAGGUCGUCUUUCUCAAGGUGGAUGUCGACGAGAAUACAGAUGCCGUGAGCAAGUAUGGGGUCACGGGAUGGCCGACCUUUUUGUUUAUUAAAAGGGGGGAAGUGCAAGCAGAAGUUGUGGGAGGCAAAUUGGCAGAAGCGACAUUGUACGAUUGGGUCAAACUGUUAGUGCCCAAGGAAGAAGCCGAACAAGAAUGA